ACUGUCAACAAACGCACGUUGAUUUGUUUUCAUUCCUCAUUUCUCAAAAAUAAAAUCCAAACCUGUAAAAAAGUGUUAAAUUUAAACAAAUUCCUCCAAAAUAAAAUGCCAAUUUUUGCACAAGAAAAUAAUCUCCUCGUUUUUCGUGGAAGUAAUUUCCUCAAACAACGUUUAAUACUUUCCAUUUUAAGUGGAAAACCUGUAAAAAUAAUCGACAUUCGUAGCAAUGACAAUGUCCCAGGAUUACGUGAAUUCGAAGUUGGCUUAAUUCGUCUCCUGGACAAAAUAACAAAUGGUACAAAAAUCGAAUUGAAUCCCUCCGGAACCUCGGUAGUAUUUAGUCCAGGUUUAUUACACGGAGGAACAAUUCAUCAUGAUUGUUGUCUCCAACGAGGAAUUGGUUAUUAUUUGGAUGUGCUAAUUGCACUUGGUCCAUUUUGUAAAAAUCCACUUCAUGCUACUUUACGGGGAGUAACAAAUAGCAAAGAAUCACCUUCAGUCGAUAAUGUUAAGACUUCAGCUUUGUCAUUGUUGAAACGUUUCUUAAUUGUCGAUGAAGGUUUGGAAUUGAAAGUUACCAAAAGGGGAGUCAUGCCUGAGGGAGGUGGGGAAGUUAUUUUCCGUUGUCCCGUGAGGAAGAAUUUCCGUGCGAUACAAUGUGUAAAACAGGGAAUGGUUAAACGCAUUCGAGGAACUGUUUAUGCUUGUAAAGUGUCUCCAGCUAUGGCAAAUCGGACAGUCGAAUCGGCUAAAGGAGUCAUGUUGAACUUCUUGACGGACGUUUAUAUUUACACUGAUCAGAAUAAGGGUAAACUAUCAGGAAACAGUCCUGGUUUUGGUAUCAAUUUGGUAGCUGAGACAACUGAGGGCGUUAUAUUCUCUGCGGAGUGUGUGUCAAAUGUUAAGGAGCAGGGAAAUGAACCAUCAGUUCCAGAAGAUUUGGGUAAAGAAGCUGCACAUAAACUUCUCGAUGAGAUUUAUAGAGGCGGUUGUGUGGAUUCAUCAUUCCAAUGGAUGGCUGCACUUUUUAUGGCAUUGGGACAGAAGAAUGUUUCUAAAUUUUUAACUGGACCACUUUCACAAUAUACAGUGCACUUUUUACAACAUCUGCGAGAUUUCUUUGCAAUCACAUUUAAGUUGGAAAAUCCUGAGGAAGAAGAUGAAGAUGAAAAACCAGCGGGAGCUCAACAAGUUUUGAUGACGUGUGUAGGCAUUGGUUAUACAAAUAUUAGCAAACGUGUUAUAUAGACAAAUAAAUUUAUAUAAUUUUUUAAGAACCUA